AUGAACCGCAGGAGGGCCCCUCGUUACAUUUCUCACUCCCAGAGGAGUGGUGCAUCAGCAGCAGGAGGAGAGUGGAGACAAAGGAACCAAGAGCAAUGGCGAGGCCAAGGAAAACCACAGGUGAGAGAGGUAGAGGAUGUGAGGCCUGGGCAGCAGGGGAAGGAAAACGUGCCCAAGGGGAUCUGCCAGUCGAUGUGCCCUGCUCGUGAGCUGCAGGAGCGGGAGUCACAGAACCGACUGCACCGCUUUGAGAUUUUAGCAGGCACAGCAAGAGAUCGGCGACCUAGGGGCGAUGCCCUGCGUGCUGUCAAGGAGUAUUCCAGACCAGCAGCGGGGAAAGAUGCAACAAACCCCACUGAACUCCGUCCACCUGCUGUAUUGCUGAAAACUGUGUGCUACCUUAUUGAUGACAUUGCUGCCUCCCCUCGUCUACAUCCUUGGACUGAAGUAUACAGCUUUGUUUUUGAUCGGUUGCGUGGUGUGAAGCAGGACAUGAUCAUCCAGAGAGUGAGUGGGUCGGACUGUGUUGCCAUUUUGGAGCGGACGGUACGUUUCCUCAUUUAUGCUUCUUAUCGUCUUUGUGGUGAGCCCCUGCGGCUCUAUGACCCACGCAUCAACGACACACACCUCCAGGAGAACCUGAGCUGGCUGUUGGACUGCUACGCAUCUGAAACAGGACAGCAUCCCAACCAGGAGGAGUUUGAGACUCUUGGUCUGCUCUACAACUUAGGUUCAACUCGUGCCAUGCAGCACGUUAUAGAGCUCCCUGAGCGGCUUCGCAGCACUCCUGCCAUAACACUGGCACUGUCCAUCAACCAGGCUUUUCUAGAGCGAAACCCUGUACGACUGCUUCGAUUUGCCAAAAAGUUAAACUUCCUGCAGAGCUGCGCUCUGCACCGACACUUGGUGGCAUGUCGUAGAGAUUUGCUGCUGAUAUACAGUCAUGGAUACAGCAGCAGAAACUGUCGUUUUCCCCUAGACAGACUGUCUAAACUCUUAGCCUUGGAUGCCUUGCUCACAGCUCAACUCUGUCAGGUCUAUGGAGUGGAAGUUAAUCAAGACAAUCAUGUGGUCUUCUCCAAGGCUGCUUUCACUGAGCCUGAACAAGGGAAACUGCACUGUACACUAUAUCACAACAUAAUGGCCGAAAAACAAAAAGACCUUACAAUUGGGAAUAUAAUUCAUGGCCGUGCUUGAGACAAAAACGGAGAGAAUAAAUGAUAUAAUAAACUAUUUGUUCCCAUACCUCCACAGUAGGCCACAGCUUUUACACAGCCUGUUCAACGUGGGAAUAAUGUGCCGUUAUUCGCUUCGCCAUUUUGUAUAAGUGGUGCAAACAUGAAACGGGGAGGGGCAUUAUUAUUCCACCAUUAAGCCAACAGUGGAGGUCGUUACAUUGUCAGAUUGACAUCUGUGUGAAAGGGACACCCGGCAUGGCGGGACGACUGCACAUACGGUUCACUUUGGUUACACAUCAAGCCUCUGAUGUGUAACCCCAGCUAUCUAAAAUCACACAUAGGGGCAGCAUUAUGACAGCUUUGUUUGUCACACUGUAAAAACAGCAAUGCCAGUCUUGUUUUACGUCAGUACUGUAGGAUCUCUGUAUAAAGGGGUCAGUGAAAUUGGCACAUAUUUAAAGUAUUUUUCAUAUAUCUGUUCAGCAGGGCAACUGUUGUAAAUGUUGUCUUCUACUCAUUUCACUCAGAUGCUGCUUCAUAGCACUGGAAGUUUAAGGGUCUUUUCCCCGAGUUGGGCAGGGCGUUCUCCUUGGCCGUCUGUACUAAAUGUUUUACUGAUGAAAUGCUUCAUGUUCUGUGAGUUUUAAGGUCAGUGUUAGGGCCAUUGUUGGGUUGUGCUGUCUGAAAGAGCCACUCAGGAAAUAAACAUUCCCUCUUGGUUCUAAAUGUUCUCUUUCAUCCAUACAGUCUUGUGUGGCCAUGUACCUGGUGCCUUACCUACUUAAAGAUGUGAAUUACUUUUAUAUCGAUACUAUUUGAAUGUUACAUUAAUGUCGUACUGUUUGUUUUUAAGUAUUUUGGGAAACCCGCUGUGAAAUAAACUGUACAAAAGUGUUCAUUUAUUCAAACAAAUGCAGUACCUCAGAACC